CCUUGAACCUAGUUUUGAGUUCUUAUUUGGGUAAGAAAUCUAAAGACCGAAAAAAAAAGGCCAUGGCUAUCGAUGGUCCUGUAAUAAAAUAUCUGAUAGUCAACCACGGAAAGAGAGAUGUAUGGAGUUUGUUACUGGCAGCAAAGACACAUCUAUGGAACUUCUCACUGGUAGCAUUGUGGAUUAAAGACAAAAAGAGUGGAUUGAGCUUCUUGGAUAGCUCAGAUGAGGAGGUUAAGCUAAAGGCAGCAGUUGACAGCUUCUGGGUUCUAGUGUUAUCAUACAUCUUUCAGAUUUUCCUUCUGCUUAUUCAAACGCCAAUGAAGUACGUUGGCGAUGCAGUUGAUUUCGUUCUCAAUUUCAUUUCUCAAAAUGGGGGCUUUUCCGGCAUACUCAACAACAUUCUUCGUGGAAAGGUAGUGAUCCCAAAACGAGGAGCAGAGAACUUUCUGAGUAGCAUUGGAUUUUUAGAUGACAGAAUAGACCUGUACAAGAAUUUGGCUGAUAAAGCAGAUGAAAUACUUCCAGCAGAUGGAAACUCAGACAGCAAAUUGGAAAACCGAAAACUCAUGGACCUUUGUAUCAUGGCAUCCAAGCUAGCUUAUGAGAAUGCUAAGGUUGUCAAAAAUGUCGUCACUUCCUGUUGGAAGAUGAAUUUUGUCGGCUUCUACGACUGCUGGAAUGAGUACCAAAAAGAAAGCAACACCCAAGUGUUCAUAUUUUCUGAUAAGCCCAAAGAUGCAAACUUGAUAGUGAUCAGCUUUAGAGGAACAGAACCUUUCAACGCUCAAGAUUGGAUAACUGAUGUGGAUUUCUCCUGGUAUGGAUUGGAAAAUGUGGGGAAAAUCCAUGUUGGAUUUUUAGAAGCCAUGGGUUUAGGCGACAGAUCAGAUAUUACAACCUUCGUAAAACAUCUCCAAAAGAAGGACAAGAGUUUGUUAUUUUUAGAUGCAGAUUCCGAAAAGGCAAUGCUAGACUUGACAAAGAACGGUGCAUUCUAUGUUGUAGCAAUCAAGCUGUGCAACUUAUUGAAAGAGCAUCGGAAUGCAAAAUUUGUAGUAACUGGACAUAGUUUAGGCGGGGCACUUGCAAUAUUGUUUCCAACAGUGCUUGUAAUCCAAGAAGAGACAGAAUUAUUGCAAAAAAUGCUUAAUAUAUACACAUUCGGACAGCCAAGAAUUGGAGACAAAGAUUUAGCAACCUAUAUGGAAACCCAAUUGAGCAAAUUGACUGCCAAGUACUUUAGGGUUGUUUACUGCAAUGACAUGGUGCCUAGGCUGCCUUUCGAUGACAAAUUCUUCCAUUACAAGCAUUAUGGAGAGUGCAUUUACUAUGACAGCAAUUACUUUUCUCAGGUUAUGAAAGAGGAGCCACACCCAAAUUUCUUUGGGCUGCAAUAUUUCAUCCCAAUGAGGAAGACAGCACUGUGGGAGCUGUUAAAAAGUUUGGCAAUGGGAUACAUACAUGGACCAGAUUACAAGGAGAGCUGGGAGUCUACAUUGUUCAGGGUGAUGGGUCUGGUGCUUCCUGGAGUUGCUUCACAUAGCCCUGUUAAUUAUGUCAAUUCUGUCCGCCUGGGAAGGGAGCGAAUUCUGAAACUUCCCUCGUUCGCUCUCAUGUAAUCAACUCAGAACAGACCAGACCAUGCAUUACUCUUCUUCUAUCCAAUUCCAAUUUGGUUUUUUUAAUUUCGUAUUAAUAUGCUUUAAUUGCAUCUCUGAAAACAGAAUGAUUGUAAUGUUUGUUCAUUUUAGUUGCUCUAUGUUGUCUUUCGUUGUGAACAUGUAUAAGCCGUCUAUGGCUGUUACUGUUUUUAUGUAUUUCGCUUGAAUAAAAUUAAUAAAUUUUACUUGAAUAAAAACUUACGUAUUUAUGUCUA